AUGAAUUUGGCUUUUUGGUUUCAGGUAUACUUCGUCCAAUCUCCGUUUACAAGAAACUUUCAGAACUCAUGGGUAUGUGGUGGUGCGAUAGUUACUCCAACACAAAUACUUACUUCAGCCGCAUGUCUAAUUGAAGCUGAAAACAUAUAUGCUAUAGCAGGAUAUAAAAAAUAUAUUACGGCUGAAAAUAUCGAUAGAGAUGAGUGUACGAGAGCAAAAAAACAAAGGGUUGUCAAAAUUUUUAUUCCAACAGGAUAUAAUUUGGAUUAUGAGAAUCCGGCACAACCCAAGAAUAUUAAUAUAGGUGUAGCAGUUGUAGAGAAGCCAUAUAAUUUUAGCGAUUUUAGUUAUCUUAUUCAUUGUUCUUAUGAACCGCAACCUAUAUUAGUGAAUUUUGAAAAUAUACAUGAUAUAAUAAAUAGCCGUGCGGUCACCUUAGGAUGGGGUGUACGAGGAAAAACACCCGAGUUUAGAAAAGAAACUAAAUAUCAAUUACUACAAGAAACGUCAACAAUGGUCGUGGACAAAAAGAUAUGUACAUCCAUUACUGAUACCAAACAGAUUCAUCAAUUAAUAAAUAAAUAUCACUUGUGUGGCACCAUUAAUCUACAAGAAGUUACAGAAGAUAGUGUUUUCGAAACUCUAUCUUUUGAUGCUUACAAACAUCGUGGAUCUGGCUCUAAACGGGGUAAUAGUGGGUUCAAAGAUAUAUUUGGAUACAGAAGAGGUUAUAAUGAAGAAGAUAAUAGUGAGCCGAGAGAUGAAACAGAGAACAUCACAUUAGAGACUCGAAUUAAUAUGAAUAAUAAAAACAAUUAUGGGACUAGAAAAGCUAUACAUCCAAAUAUUUGUCAGAAUAACCUCGGUAGUCCUCUAAUUAAAUGGAUUCAUGACAGAGAGGUUAUCAUAGGAAUCACAUCAAACACUAACAUAAAUGGUGAAUGCGAUGGACCGUUUCUUUAUGUUAGUACUGCUGCAUCAUCUAAAAUAAUUAAGUGUCUACUAGAGACUAAUCCUCUAACACGCAUGCUCUGCAAUAAAAGAAUAAGUGAUGAACCAUACGAAAUCCAAGAAAUUGACAUAAUGUGGCCCAACUAUAACCAGUCAAAAAUAUUGGAACCAAUGUUGUUAGUACAGCGAGCAGUUCUUGAUAAACUUAGCCCUCUUAUACCUAGAGCUACUAUAAAGUAUACCAAGCAAAUAUAUACAAGAUCAGUAAAAAAGUUCAAUGCAGAGCAAAGUCUUAACCCUCUAAAAGGUACAGCUAUAAACCAAAAUAUUUAUAAACGAGCACAAGCACCACAGCGGACACAGUUAAGACCAUUGCUAAGCCGACCACAAUAUGAUAUAGACGUUAAAUAUCAAAAGGAACAAAAGCAAAAGGAACAACAAUACAUUCCAGUAUCAGAAGAAUUAUCACCAACAGAAUAUUUUGCUAAACUAUUUAAACCACAAUUCCCACCUCUACUACAACGACCACAGUUUGACAUAGAUGUUAGAUAUCAAGAGGAACACGACGAGGCAGUUUCAAACGAAUUUGCAUCGACGCAACAAGAAUUUUUAAGGCCACAAUAUAACCUACAUUCAGAUCAGCAAUAUCAGCCACUAAAAAAUGAGCGUGAGUUUAAGCCAGACUACCAACAGGAAUACUCUUUAUCUGAAAACCAAAAACAUCAAUCACCUUCAUAUAAUCAACAACAUAGUCCACAACAGAAUCAAAAUAAUGAACCAAUUCAAGAAGAGCAAUUCUCGCUUAUAAGAGAACAGUUUAACCCAGAACUAAUGCAAAUAUAUGGUUCACCAACAGAAGAACAUCACAACCCACUUAUAGAGCAUCCGUACUAUCCACCAUCACCAUCACAAGAACGCGAGCCACUAGUACGACCACAACAUAAGUUAGCGACAAUUCAAGAACAAUAUGAACCACAACCAGAUCAAUCACAUGCUCCACCAUUAGAUGUAAAAUAUAACCCACUUCACGAAUAUCAAAACAAACCAUCACCGAAACAACAACAAGAGCCACAGAUACCAGUACAACAUGACUUAACAGCAAGGCAAGAACAUUCACCAGUUUACGGGCCAUCGCAGAUCAAACAACAUAACAUUGCUGUAGAAUACCACCAGCUACACAAACAAAGCGAACCACUAGAUAAUCCCUACAUAUAUCAACCACCGACUCAGAUCUCAGGUCAUUCUUUAGAUCACGACUCAAUGGAAAAUAAUCCAAUAAAACUAAAGCUAAAACAACCUGAGUUAUUGUACGACUUUUCACCCGAACUGCACUUUGGGAAACCAGAUUUAACACCAAACCAACCGCAGAAGUCUGCUCAAUCACCAAUAUCACUUCAAAAACCACCAGCACAGUUUUCAAAAUCACAACCAAACUCGCAACUACACACGAGCCAACUUGAGUCUCCAUAUCAGAAACUAUUAGCACAGAAUAAUACCACAACACUAUCCGAUGACGAUUCCUUUUCAUUCGACGAGAUAUUUGCUCAACUCCAGAAUCUACCUAGUGAACCACAAACUACAGCCAGAUAUGAACAAACACAAAAACGGAUAUUUGAGCAGGUACUGCAAGAUAGAACAUUCGAUGAACCAUAUAAAGAAAAUAAUCAACAACAUGACAUGUAUCCACGUGUUGAAAUCCCUCUGUAA